GAGAAAAGAAAAAAAGAAAAGGACCUGAAUCAAAGCUAGUGCUUGAUAUUUCCAGAAAAACAAGCAAAAGGUUGCAUUACAAAGGAGCCUUCUUUGAUGAGUUUUGGGGGAUUUAUUGAUUACAGUUCUGGUACUAAAGAAGGCCUUGUGGGUGCAAGAAUAGUUGCAGACAUCCCUUAUAGCAACAACAACCACGGCAUACCCACUGGUGCUUUAGCUCAGUCUACUCACCUUGUCUCCCCUUCGCUUCCUAAGAACAUGUUCAAUUCCCCAGGCCUCUCUCUUGCUCUUCAACAACCUAAUAUGGGUGAUAACCAAAGAGAUGAAACUAGACUGGGUGAGAAUUUUGAGGCAAGUAUUGGGAGAAGAAGCAGAGAAGAUGAACAUGAGAUCAGAUCUGGUAGUGAUAACAUCGAUAGUGUUUCUGGUGAUGAUCAAGAUGCCGCCGCCGACAAACCUCCGAGGAAGAAGAGAUACCACCGACACACUCCUCAGCAAAUCCAAGAGCUCGAAGCUCUCUUUAAGGAGUGCCCUCAUCCCGAUGAAAAACAGAGAUUGGAGCUUAGCAAAAGGCUUUGCCUAGAAACCAGGCAGGUCAAGUUCUGGUUUCAAAAUCGCCGGACUCAAAUGAAGACUCAAUUAGAACGCCACGAGAACUCUUCACUGAGACAAGAGAACGACAAGCUUCGAGCUGAGAACACGUCUAUUAGGGAUGCUAUGGGGAAUCCAAUAUGUUCCAACUGUGGGGGUCCGGCUAUUGUUGGUGAUAUAUCACUUGAAGAGCAGCAUCUUAGGAUUGAGAACGCUCGCUUAAAAGAUGAAUUAGAUCGAGUUUGUGCACUCGCUGGCAAGUUUUUAGGGCGUCCAAUUUCAACACCUCCAAUGCCGAUCUCAAGUUUGGAGCUUGGUGUUGGUACCAAUGGAUUUGGCGGUCUAAGCACCGUUUCCUUGGCCGCUACGACGUGGCCUUUGGGGCCAUAUUUUGGAGGUGGGGUUACGAAUUCUUUGCCGCCAGUGGCUACUACUACUAACAGACCAGCAUCCGGAGUCACUGGACUCGAUAGAUCGGUGGAAAGAUCGAUGUUUUUGGAACUCGCUUUGGCCGCCAUGGAUGAACUGAUUAAGAUGGAUCAAACUGAUGAACCACUUUGGAUUAGGAGCUUGGAAGAUGGAAGAGAAAUGUUAAACCAUGAUGAGUACUUGAGAAUAUUCACUCCUUGCAUCGGCUUGAAACCAACCGGCUUUGAGAGUGAGGCUUCUAGAGAGACCGGUAUGGUGAUCAUCAACAGUUUGGCCCUAGUGGAAACUUUGAUGGACUCGAAUCGUUGGGCGGAGAUGUUUCCUUGUUUGAUUGCUAGAACAUCAACUACUGACGUGAUAUCCAAUGGCAUGGGAGGAACCAGAAAUGGUUUAAUUCAACUGAUGCAGGCUGAGCUCCAAGUCCUCUCUCCUUUGGUUCCAGUGCGCGAGGUUAGUUUCUUAAGGUUCUGCAAGCAACAUGCAGAAGGGGUCUGGGCAGUGGUGGAUGUGUCCAUCGAUAGCAUCCGAGAAAGUACUUCAGGUGCACCCACUUUUGUUAACUGUAGGAGGCUUCCUUCUGGCUGUGUUGUCCAAGAUAUGCCCAAUGGAUACUCCAAGGUGACAUGGGUUGAACAUGCUCAAUAUGACAAGACUGAAGUUCACCAACUCUAUCGCCUAUUAUUGAGCUCCGGCAUGGCUUUCGGUGCAAAACGGUGGGUGGCCACCCUUCAAAGGCAAUGCGAAGGCCUUGCUAUACUUAUGUCCACUGUUCCUACUAUAAAUCACACUGCUAUAACUGCAAGUGGGAAGCGAAGCAUGUUAAAGCUAGCUCAGCGCAUGACCGAUAACUUCUGUGCCGGAGUUUGUGCCUCGACGGUUCACAAAUGGAACAAGCUGAAUGCCGGGAACGUGGAUGAAGAUGUUAGGGUUAUGACUCGGAAGAGCGUCGACGAUCCCGGCGAGCCGUCUGGCAUCGUGUUGAGCGCUGCCACAUCGGUUUGGUUGCCUGUGUCACCUCAAAGACUGUUCGAUUUUCUACGUGAUGAACGUUUGAGGAGCGAGUGGGACAUAUUGUCCAACGGUGGACCUAUGCAAGAAAUGGCCCACAUUGCUAAAGGCCAAGACCAUGGCAACUGCGUCUCUCUCCUCCGUGCCAGUGCCAUGAACGAGAACCAGAACAGCAUGCUGAUACUGCAGGAGACAUGCAUAGACGCGGCCGGGUCGCUUGUGGUGUACGCGCCUGUUGACAUUCCAGCCAUGCACGUAGUUAUGAACGGUGGUGAUUCUGCUUACGUGGCACUCCUACCUUCGGGUUUCGCCAUCUUCCCGGACGGUCCGGGCUCUCCUGGGACCAUCUCUAACGGCGGUGGCAAUGAAGGAUCGCCGAGAGUGGGUGGAUCCCUACUCACGGUGGCGUUUCAAAUAUUGGUCAACAGUUUACCUACGGAAAAGCUGACGGUAGAUUCGGUGGAGACGGUCAAUAAUCUGAUUUCGUGCACCGUCCAGAAGAUCAAAGCUGCCCUUCAGUGCGAAAGCUGAAGGGGUAAAA